GUGCUGCUUUGCAAAAUUGUACCAAUAUUUUUCCGCCAUAUAGCCCCUUUCGUAUUUCGUAUCGCAAAAUGCUAUUAGCCGCACCACCGAAGCCCCUCCUCUCCGCCUGGCUCGUUCCACCGAGUCGGCUUCCUUCUUCUUCCUCAUGCACGGGCCCAGACCGCGUCUUCUCACCCAUCUCCUCCUCAGCUGUACCGAACGAUCCUUCCGGCGGCGAUGAUCGAGCGACUGGUACCAGUUCAAGGAAGUCGAAGGUGUAUCCCGCUGGUGGAGCACUUCGUGGGUCGGACGUCCUUCUUGCGAUGCAUGAAGCUGUCGCUCGAAAGGAAGGAGGCGGCAGCAGAGUCCAAAGGAGCUUCCGAAAGGGAAAGAAGCGAAGGGAAUCAAAGAGUGGGGAUGAUACGGAGCAGCUCCUUCGGGCGAAUUACGACUACGGCAGCAUCCGCCCGAUAGAGAUUAGAAGUGAUUGGAUGCCGCGCAUGGAAGAAUUUGAGCGCCGAAUACAAGAGCUUCGCUCCCGGUAUCACUACUAAUCACUUUCCAUCGUCAGGGCUUUUACAUUUAUGAUGUUCGCCUCACCUUAACAUCAGAAAGUUGAAACUGCGUUACUUAUUAAGAUAUCAAUAACUUUAAAUGCCA